AUUAUGGACAGCACGAACGAUAACCAUUGACCAGAGUCUUCGCGAAAACCACGUCAUGCCACCAGCCAGAUACUGAAAGUGAUUAAGAUAGUGUACCCCUGUAAUCAGACAUGUGCGGCCGGGAACGAAAACUAUAUCCGAAUAAGCUCCAACAUAGUACAAUAUAAGCAAGCGAGAGAAGUUCUCACUUAGUCUGGCUCGGCGCUCGUCGCGUAAACAUCAACACUAAUUAGUGUAAUUGAAACCAAAUAGCCCGUGGUGACAAUGUUCGCGUUCAUCGUCGCGGUGCUCGUGGUGAUCGCCGCCUACUUGUUCGGCACCAGAACGCACAGCUACUGGCUCAAUCGCGGCAUCAAACAUGACAAGCCUCUCCCGUUCUUUGGCACCAACGCCAGAGUUUUAUUUGGGAAAAAAAGUAUCACAGAAGUUUUGGCAGAGGCCUAUUGGAAAUACCCCAAUGAAAAGGCGGUUGGUUUAUAUUUCGAACAUAGGCCUGUGUUGGUUUUGAGAGAUUUUGAUGUCAUCAAACGAGUAUUAGUGACGGAUUUUGCAAGCUAUUACACACGAGGUGUGCUGAGUCAAAAAGAAGAGAUCGAACCAAUAUUACGAAAUCUGUUCUUUGCUGAUGGCGACCUGUGGCGGCUGCUGCGGCAGAGAAUGACCCCGGCCUUUACCAGCGGCAAGCUGAAGGCGAUGUUCCCUCUGAUUGUAGAACGUGCAGAAAAACUACAACUGCGUGCGUUAAAUGCUGCAGCUGCGGGGAAACCCAUCGAUGCACGGGACCUCAUGGCGCGCUACACCACUGACUUCAUCGGAGCUUGUGGUUUCGGUCUCGACGCUGACUCACUCAAUGAUGAAGAUUCACCUUUCAGGCAACUCGGUGUAAAGAUUUUCAAACCGAAGCCUAAAGCUAUUAUCACCUUAAUGUUAAAAAAUUUGUUCCCACAGACCUUCAAACAUUUUAAAUUUUUCGGACAAGUUGAAGAAGAAAUUAAUGCCAUUGUACGUCACAUUUUAACUCAAAGGAAUUAUGAGCCAUCAGGAAGGAAUGAUUUUAUUGAUUUGUUACUUGAAUGUAGGAAAAAGGGUUUGAUGGUGAUGGAGUCUCUCGAAAAGAAGCAACCAGACGGCACUCCAGCGAAGGUUUCCAUGGAGCUGGACGAGGCUCUGAUCGCUGCUCAAGUAUUCGUAUUCUUCGCCGCGGGUUUCGAAACAUCUUCAUCGGCAACCAGUUACACAUUGCACCAACUGGCGUUCAAUCCUGAGGUACAGAAAAAAGCGCAAGAUGAUGUUGAUCGCGUGCUGCAAAAGUAUAACAACAAGUUAUCUUACGAUGCCAUAAAAGAGAUGACUUACUUGGAGUGUGUUUUCAAAGAGGGCAUGCGGAUGUUCCCGUCCCUCGGCUACCUGAUGCGGGAGUGUGCGGCGCCAAGAGCAGAGAUCCCAGAACUGGGCAUCACCGUGAACAACGGCGUCAAAUUGGCCGUCCCCAUACAGGCCCUACAGAACGACCCGCAGUACUUCGACAGCCCCAAGGAGUUCCGCCCGGAGCGGUUCGCUGAGGGAAACGCGGGCGCUAACAAGUUCGAUUACUUGCCGUUCGGCGCUGGACCGCGCGCUUGCAUUGGCGAGCGCCUGGGCCUUAUGCAGUCACUGGCUGGCUUGGCCGCGGUACUGGCGCGGUUCACGGUGAAGCCGGCGCCCGCCAGCCAGCGCUGGCCUGCUGUCGACCCCCGGGGGGGCAUCGUACAGGUCGUCAAGGACGGCAUCCCUCUAAUCUUCCAGGAGCGAAACAGGAAGACCAACUGAUAGUAUUAAGUCGUGUAGAUAUAGAACUGUUAUGAUUCAGGAAAUUGUCUGCUACGAUAGAAAUAGGCUUAAUAUAAGACAUUUCUAUUGUCUUAUUCUUCCAAUUUCUAUGGUAUGCUAUAAUGUAUUUAAAACUAUAGGAAUGAUGCGCUAUCCUCGUGUAUCGCACGCAGUUUUCUGCGCAGUUGUAAAGUUGUAACGUAAUUUUAAGAAUGGAGAUGAAAAAUAAAAAAUGUAUGGUUUCACACCUGUCGGUGACAUCGCAUCACAUUAAUCAGUAGAUGCCACUUCUAUAGUCUUAUUCAGAAUUCUAUGAUUCUAUGGUGAUGUUGUUUCUUGACUUCAUAUCGAUAUGAGAAGUGUUGAGGAUUUUCUAAUUAAAUAAAAGUGAUAGUCUAGAAGACUUUGCUCUACAAAACUGUCACAUCAGUUAAAUUUCAUUAAGGAAAUAAAUGUACACUUAAUAGCGGCGACACAUAACUUUCUAUUAAUUCAAACCAAAAACAUUGGUUCAAGUUUAUUUGCAGUUGCCUGUACUAUGUAAAUGGGCCUAUUUAAAACCUAUAUCAGACACUAUUCUCUCGCAGCACAUCAUACAAUUAUUAUAAUUGUGCUCUGUUGUUAGCACAACAAUAAAAAUUGUGUUGAGGAAAAUAUUAAACAGUAUCAUUUAUUUUUAUUUCCGUGUAGGAAACGUGAGUGGAGUCAUAUUUUAAACGCAGCUUACCAUUUUAGCUACAAAUAGACUGAUUUCAAAUUAUGUAUUUUCUAAGUAGAUGUUAAAUAGCAAUUUGCUAUGAAUUUGAAGUAUUUUAUAUGAAUAAAAUAUUAUGACCUUUA